GUAUGCUUAUCUAACAUCCAAUGUCAAUUUCCGAAUACUCAGUGCUGAAACUUCCGGCCGGUCAGAGCCGAUCUCUGCCAUACGCAAUGACGUUGGUUCCACCAAUUGUGUUGUCUUUGCUAGACCCAGAAAUAUUCUUCAAAGCCUUGGACUUCGCUGGAACUUAUGGAGUGUUGGUGCUGUUUGGAAUUCUUCCUGCUGCAAUGUCUUGGUCAGAUAGGUACUCCAGUUCAUCCCCAGCUAUGAAAUUGCCAGUGCCACAGUUAGUUCCAGGAGGAAGGCUCACUCUUUCACUUGUAGUGGGAGGAGCUGCAUGUGUCAUUUUCUCAGAACUUCUUGAGAAGUUGGGCCACCCAUAAAACAUUUGUUGGCUAGAAUUAUUAGACUUUCUACUAGAUAGCACAUCAUCAAUCACAAUAUUAUGCAUUUUGUGUUAGAUUUCUUUAUUAUACAAUCUAGAUCUUUCACACAAAUAUGUAAUACGUAUAAAGACAUGAAAACAUACCUGGAGCCAUCUUCCUUGAGUACACAGCCUCUAAACUCAUCCAAUCCGUA